UUUAAAGUGAUAAAACGAAAGCGUGAGCGAUGUCGUACAUUGGCAACACGUCAGACGUGGAGCAGGAGAAGAACCUGUCCGAAUACCGGCGGCAGCGCAGCUCGAGCAAUCUGAUGGCCACCGGUGGGAAGCAAUCGGUCGGUAGCCCGAAAAUGUCGGAUGUCCUGUGGAACGAUAAACGUGCCGCGAGCCGUGCAGUGAACGCGAGCGACGACGACGACUCGGAGGUGUCGGAUAGCGAGAACUUCCUCGCGAAGGGUGCGUUCCUGCUGACGCCCUCGCACGAACUCUCGAUGGACCGGGCGGCGCUGAUCUGCGAGAAGAUGAACUUCAAGGGUUGCUUCAGCCUGACGAAAACCGCCACCGGGAUACUGUUCAAGUUUUCCAGCCCGGAAGACUACCAGGCGGUGUUUAAGAAGGGCUUCCAUAAGGUGACCGGGGCGCGGUUCUACAAAAAGAUCGCCAUCCCGUGCCGGCCGCAGAAAACGUUCAUGCUGUACGUAUUCGACGUACCGGAGGACCUGCCGGAGGAGGACAUUCGGCACUCGUUGUAUCGCUUCAACUCGGUGGUCGAGGUGGUCCGGCUGGUCGUGCACUAUCAGAAGCCCGCGAUCCAGCCGGAUCCUGGUCAGAUGCACGCGAACGGUAAGUCUCCCGGUGCGCCCCAGCAAAAGCCGCAGGUACCGAAGCUACCGACGACGAAGCCGAUCGACGAGCAGGAUGUGGCCCUGCAGAAAGAAUCACCACCGCCACCGAUACGCAUCACGCUUGCUUCGCUCGAGGAGUACAAUCACCUACUGCAGAACGGGCUGGACUUCUACGGGGCAACAUUCUUCCCGACGGAGGCCCAGCUACCACCGCACGCGGCCAAGAUCGCAACCAAACGGGGAACACGCAUGAUCGACGGCAGCAUUCCUGGGCGUGUACGCGAGCUGCUGCCGGUGUUCGAUGCGGCCGGAUUUAGCAAAAUUCCGCCGCCGGCAUCGAAAACGAUUAAACCGCGCCCAUAA